AUGCCAUCCCAACUACCCUUUCGUUGCUUUAGGUGCAACAAGAAUUUCAGAUCACACUCGGCUAAGCAGCAACAUAUUCGAGACUCCGCCCAUCAUUAUCUCUGUCACAUCUGUCCUCUGGACUACGGGACACAAAACGAUUUGAACAAUCACCUGGAGAAUGAGCAUCAUAUCUGCACUACCUGCGACCUGCGGCAAUUCAGAACUGCUCGACAGCUACAGCAACACGAUGUAGACAAACACAACAUGUGCAUCAUUUGCGGGAAAUACUAUGGCACACCGCAGAACCUCAAGAUGCACAAGCUUAUUCAUGCCGAGAAGAAUAUUGAGUGUGCAGGGUGUUCUCGACUAUUCGUCACGGAAUCAGCUAUGCUGCUACAUCUAGAGGCUGGGACCUGUGAAUCUGGUACAGAUCGUAACGAUGUUAUACGAUUGGGGCGACAGUGUUACACGUCCGGCGAGUACUGGUCAGUAACUCCGGGUUAUAAUUUUCAAUGUCCAACCUGCCACAACGACUUUCGUCUAAUGAGCAGCCUGGUUCAACAUGUCGAAAGCGAUAUGUGCGAUGAGAAUCUUGAUUAUGACGCACCACUGCGAGACUUUCUGGAAUAUGUUUGGUCCAGUUUGAGAUAA